AUGACUGAAAACUUCGUCCCCCCAGGCCAGCACCGCAACCUACGAGCAUGCAUGGUCUGCUCCAUCGUGAUGACCCAAAGCAGAUUCCUCAAAGAAGGCUGCCCGAACUGCGAAGACUUCCUCCAUCUCCAAGGAAACCAAGACGCGCUCUACGACUGCACAUCCCAGGUCUUCGAGGGCUUGAUCGCGCUCGCGGAUCCGAGCAAGAGCUGGGUGGCGAAAUGGCAGAGGCUGGAUGGGUAUGUGAAGGGUGUCUAUGCGACCAAGGUCUCGGGGCAGCUGCCGGAUGAGGUGGUGGCUGUGAUGGAGGAUGAGGCGAGGAUUAGAUACAUUCCGAGGGAUGGAAGUGCUACGGAGGCUGAUUGA